AUGCCUUUCUCAUUGGCUGACGAAACUUUCACACGUUUGACUGACGUUCGAUUCGAACCUGGCAAAUUCUUAUCUCCAAUUGAAGGCUACGAGAAAGUACAAUUAGUCUCACUUGAACAAGCUAUUCAGCCUCUUCUCUCUAUCGUCUCUGAUAUUGACCGUAGAGCUUUCAUUGCUCAUCAACGUUGUCAAAAUCCAGCUGACAAUCUAACCAUAGAUGAAUCUGCAGCUAUCUUUCUCUACACAAUGGAGUGGCCCAACUGUGUAUAUUCACUUCUCAACGAGACUCUAACAAAGGAAGAUCGAAAUCAACUCCUCCCAUGGUUUUCAUACCUAAAACUUCUCUUAACUGCUCUCUUUAAACUACCAUCGAUUAGAUGCACUGUAUGGCGUGGAGUUAAAGGUCUCGAUUUAACCACUAAAUACCCAAAAAAUGAAAACACAGUUUGGUGGAGAUUUAGUUCGUCAACCACAGUGGUCGAAGUUCUAAAAUCGGAAAAUUUUUUGGGACAGCACGGAUUACGUACAAUGUUCAAUAUCGAAUGCCUCAAUGGUAAAGUGAUUAAAAAUCACUCUAAUUAUCAAGAAGAGAACGAAGUUCUUCUACUUCCUGGUACACAGUUUCAAGUAAUCAGUCAUUUGGAUGCAGGAAAUGGUCUACAGAUUAUACAAAUGAAAGAGUUGGAAAAUCCACGAUACCUAAUGUUAGAACCACCGUUUCGAGUUGUUAGAUCCCAGUACAUAACAAGUUCAACUCUUGUUGCAGCUUCAUCAGCCGUUCCUUCGGUUUCUGCUACAAGCGUUGCGCAACCUACUGCUGCAACAGUUCAGUCAUCUCGAAAUAAUGAUGGCUCAAUGCCGCACUAUACUCCAUUUGCUUCAUCCCUUGAAGACAUUGAUGUUGAUGAAACAGCGCACGAAAUUAGAACUCGAUUUAUACAAGCGAGUAAAGGUGAUUUUUUGGGAGCAUUCAAAUGGGGAAAAUAA